UUCACUUAGGUUUGCUUAUGAUGGUCUGAAGCGUCAGAGACUUACUCAGCCAAUGAUCAAAAAUGAGAAAGGAGUAUUUGUUUAUGCCUCAUGGGAGGAUGUAUUAGCUCGUGUUGCUGGUGUGCUCCAGGCAGUGGAAGGUAAGCAUAUAGCAGCAGUUGUAGGAGGGCUGGUGGAUGCAGAAGCACUAAUAGCUCUGAAAGAUCUACUGAAUAGAGUGAAUUGUGAUACGCUCUGCACUGAAGAGAUCUUUCCUACUGCUGGAGCUGGCACAGAUUUACGCUCUAACUACCUGCUGAAUACCAAGAUUGCUGGGGUGGAGGAGGCAGAUGUCCUCCUUCUGGUUGGCACCAAUCCACGCUUUGAGGCACCACUUUUUAAUGCUAGAAUUCGAAAGAGGUUCGUAUUCCUUGGUGGUGAAUAAGCAUGUGAAUCCAUC